AUGUCUGGAGGUAAUGCCGAGAAGGGCCAGCGCUACGGUGAAGCCUUGGACCAGGCGCGGAGUCAGGGAAAGUGGGACGAAGUUCCCGAGCUCAUUAGAAAAGUCACAAAACAUGCUCCGCAAAAGACUUGCAUGAUACAGACCGCAACAGCCGAAUCUCGAGUGAUUGCAUAUCUCCAACAACAGUCCUCCGGUGACUCUUCACUCGCGCCCACUCUCGUCGAGCUGAUUCCUGCCCUGUUGGUGACUAUUGAAAACAGCGACGGAUCACCACAAGAAUUAUUACAAGCGCAGGUCUGCCUGGGAUGGAUCCAUUGGGUUCUAAAUGAACCCGGACUUUCGGUGGCGCGUCUUCCUAAGGACUUCGCGGCAACAGUCGGUAGUUUGGCUGGUGGAGGCGAAGAACCGACCGCUUGGACUGAAGUUUGUUUGGUCAAGGGAUGCUAUCUCAAGGCAACUGCUCAAUCUAACGUUGCGAGUAUUGAUGAGACACUCGACACAUAUGCGUCCUUGAUCCCGUGGCUCAAUAGCGGCAAAUUAUCGUCGAUCAUCACCCCUCAGUUUCUCAAUUGGUCGGAAUCGCUUUUGGGCAAGGGUGCUCUCUUGGCAAGUGAAGAGGCGAGCAAAGAAUCAUCCUACUCAGAUCCGAAACAUGUUGAUAUUGCCUUGCGAUUGUUUCGACUGUGGUCGGCUCAUCCUUCUGUCAAACAAGAAAACCCGGCUUUGUCAAAUGUGGAUGGUCCUGUGCCCGCGUCUCAGGCGUCUGUUUGGAUCGGUUACUACUCAUUUUUGACGACAAUCCUUCAGAACGGACUCGUAUAUACCGGCCCCAAUGAUGGACCGAUCCGCCCGCAGCAGGCCAGUGAAUUACGCCGUGUAGAGACUAUCUGCGAGGGCAGUCUUCUCUGUGAAGUCAAAUUCCCUACAGCCAGCUCCCAUAAUUCUCAGAUCGAGCAAUGGGUUGAGCAGGUAGUUAGCAACUGGGAAGUCCUGUGUGGCCCUGAAUGGCAAGAUUCAGACCUAGGAAAAGGAGGUCAGAAUGGGAUUGGUCGCAAUGUCUUAGAUAUCUUGUACCGGGCAGCGACAAAGACCUACCAUUCCCAUUUGGUACUUCGUCGUCUCUUCCAUGUCCAUUCUGCCUUGGCGGACUUCGAUCUCGCUCUGAAGGCACUUGACUCUUAUAUUGAGAUUGUCACUGCAGCUAAAGAAAGAGCAGAAAAGGGCGCUGAGUAUGGUGAACUAGAGAAGGACGAAAUAUUGUUGCAGACGCUUGCUGAAGGCAUCACCUUAUUAAGUUGCUUUGGCUCGCUAGAAGAGGCGGAAAAAGCUCGAGAUCUGACCGAUAUGAUAAAAGAGUAUACUGAUAAACACAACUUGCCUCUCGCAAACGGACAUGUCAAUGGCAACUCUUCAGGCUCGUCAAGCCUCCCUCCCACCGUUCUGGCUUCGUCUUAUCGAGCAAUCGGUGUUGGUCUUGCUUGCUGGGCAAGCUGGACUCCCUUUAAUGAAUCACGCGACGAAAUUAGGUCUGAAGCAAUUGAUUAUCUUGAAAGGAGUCUUGCGCCUGAACUGGGAUGCAGUUCGAGCUAUGCUUCUCUCUAUACCUUGGGGCUUCUUUUGGCCGAAAACAGAGAUCUGGAUACUGCGAUUGGCUAUAUUAAAUUGGCUUUGACACCAAGCGGUUCACCAACAGCAGUUUCCGAUGAUCUUUCCAAAGAGCGAGACCUAGUAUCUCUCUGGCACCUGCUCGCCUUAUUGCUUAGUGCAAAGCAAGAGUUCGAAAUUGCUGGCCGUUCGUGCGAAGCUGCAUUCGAGCAUUUUCCACGAGAAUUGUUCACGGGAAACAACCGUGACCGACGUUCAUCAAGACAUUCGCAGAAUUCCAAUCAGCGCCCGAUUGUCGGCCGAUUGCAAGGUAGAGAGAAAGAACGCAUCAUCCAAACCCGCAUUACACAAAUUGCCUUCAUUGAGCUCCUGGAGGGCCCUGAAGCCGCUGUCAAUCAAAGUUCACAGCUGUUGAGUCUUUUUGGAACUCUCUUCCAAGACCUCAAUCUCGAGACUGGGGAAACUAAAGGCAAGAACGAUCGUCUUGUGCCACCGAAAAGCUCAGCUGGAACUACCAAAAGCUUCCGUAGCAGUAUCUUCCAUCGAAACAGAGCAUCUCAAUUACCGGAUCGAAGUACCAACCAGAGCAACGGCUUUGAUUCCUCUAUUCCACCCACCCCGGCCAUUCCUAAUGGCCAUUCGACGGAAGCCCCCUCGAUUCAGGUCACGGAUGAAGAUCUCCAAAGCCGCCAAGGAAGGCAAUCGACAAUUCAGCGCACAGACUCGAAGAAGGUGAAGAAGAAGCGAAGCUCCAGCUUCCAUAGACAUGAAAGGCCACGCGUUGAAGAGCCACCGCUCCCUAAUGGAGCUGAAACAUCCGCAGAUAUGGUCGGCAUUGCAGUUUCUGGAAACACAUCACCGGAGUCCACAAGCCAACCCAGCAGAGGCAAACAAACAUUGCCACCGAUGUCACACAACCUCAACUACAGACAAGAACCACUUCCUGUCGGUCAUGAAGAACAACCUCCACAGCAGGAUAUUCGUCUACCAAUCUGCCAUCGCUUUGAUUCUCCUACAAGUGCCGUCACAAAGUUUUCCUUGGUCCAAUCCCAGAAACACGCUUUGGGUCUUCUGGUUAAAAUCUGGCUCGUCAUCGCGGGGCUCUAUCGUCGGGCAUCUAUGUUUGACGAUUCCCGCGAAGCUUGUGAGGAAGCUUCGAAACAAGCUGCACGAGUUGAAGCGAUUGUUGCAUCACACGAGUCCUCGGCUCGGUCUUUCAGCAAGCGUGGCUGGGGUGCUUCGAAGAGUUCUGAGGAGCUUUGGGCCGAUGUCUAUGCAGAACAGGGGCUUUUGUCACAGGCUCAAUCACACCCUCACCGGGCAAUCAAGCAUUUCGAAGAAGCGCUGCUGCGUCAUCAAAAUCAUCCAAUCGCAACGAUUGGACUUGCAAAUCUCCUCUUGGAUAUUUGGGACGAGAAACUCGCCCCAGAGCUAUCAAAUGCUGACGUGGAUCUCAACGUCUCACGUCUGUCUCUACUAUCCGAGACCCCCAAGCCCAUGUCUGCGAAGGCCAUCUCGACCGACGAUCUAAAGGUAUCACGCGAGACUGUGAACGCAGGGCCUGAAGAAUCACCCUUGUCUGCACAGGAUGUUGAGCCAAAGCAACUCCACCGUCUUGCGGCCCGCGAUCGCGCCUAUGGGCUGCUCUCUGCCCUAACGAAGCUCGGUAGUUCCUGGGACAGCUCCGAAGCAUGGUAUGCGCUGUCGAGGGCAUAUGAAGCCGGCGAGCAGAUUGAAAAACUCAAAGAAGUGCUGUGGUGGUGCAUUGAGCUCGAGGACCGGCGCCCAAUCCGCCACUGGUCCAACCUUGGCUCCGGUGUCUAUGUUCUCUAA